AUGCCCCAUGGCUAUCCGAACAUCUUCAUCUCCAGUUACAUCAGUGUUUCGGUCUCCACCAAUGACACAGUCUUGGACAAGUCCCUUAUGUCUACCUUUGCAAUCUGGGACAAGUCCCUUAUGUCUACCUUUGCAAUCUGCCCUCCUUCUGAAGCUCAAUUUUCUCUUUCUGCAUCCACCCAAGUAUUUCCAUCUCCGACUACUCCUGCUGUCCAUGUUCCACCAGUGCAACCAACAGUAAAUCGUCUUCAACCAAAGAAGAAAAGAAUUAGAUGUGAUCAUUGUGAUAUGGAAUUGAAUAAAAAAAACUUACGUGUUCACAUUAGAAGAAAGCACACCACAGUUAAAGAGGCCAUCACAUCAGAACGACAUCUACUUUGCCAGUGCAUUGACAGUAAGCAUGGAAUUUUUGCAGUGGCAAAAUCUUUCAGUGCACCAUCUCUUCCCAUCCAUGUUCAAAAAAAGAUUUGGGGUGUAAACAACAAAGUUAUGUGUGAACUAGACCAAUGCAAUGCCAGUGCUGAAUUUGCUCAAAGGGGUGGCCUGAAACCAUUUGAGUGCUGCCAUCUCAUGUCUUUAGCUUUCUGUCCCAAAGAUGAUGGCAAUUCUGUUAAUCUCAAAGAGGAAGCCCUAACAGAGAUGGUGAAAGAAAAAUGGUUUGGAGAAAGUAGGAAAGAUGCAUGCAUCGAAAGGCAAUGCAUGGUAAACAAAGACGAUGUGCCACUUUCUGUAGAGAUCACAUUUGCUGGGCCCUCAACGAAAAAAUAUAUAUCAGUGUAUGAGCCAAAAAUGUCUUAUUACUGUAGACUUGGAAGAGUUACUGUUGUAUAUGACAGUAAGAAGAUCACAUGGGCCUGUCCAUGUAAUAAAACAAAACAGUCAUGUAUUCAUAAAGCAAUAGCUAAAUGGCAUUUAUUUCAAAAUGAGAGAGCUCUAUUCCAGAAGGUGAAGACCACCGAAAGGAUUGAUUCCAGGCAGAAACCUCAACCGCAUCCUGAGAGUGUGGAUGACUGUAAUGACCGUCAGUACCCACCUAAUGAUGAUGGAAUAGAGAGGAUGGUACGCUAUUUUUUGAAAAAUAAAUCUCUACCUGUGGACUUUCCUGAAAAUUUGGUUGGUGGUCUACAACAUGGUAGUGACUUUAGACACCAACUAAUUCCUGAAGAAGCGUUCUGCUCCGAACGUGAGGGUAAUCAUGUUCUAAGUGACCCAAUUAUUAUAACCUCACAAGCAAAGAUUCUGACCUUCACUGGGGUAGUUGAAGGAAUUUCAACUUACUACAAAGUCUGCAGCAACUGCAGCAUGAUGUACAGGUACCAGGAAUUCACUGAUGGUAUCCAUAACUUCAAUGACCACCUUCUGCUUUCUCUACACUUGUGUCUGAUUUUUCGCAAUGCUCUUCAGAAUCACACUGCUGUUAGCAGAGUAAUGAGCAUACUUGAAGCCACUGCCAAAGCAAAAUUUCCCAGCAAAGACACAGUGCUCCAUGGUUACCUCCACUUUGAAGCCUUGAGCAGCCAUGACUAUUCUUACACAUGCAUCAAUUGUGGUUAUCACCCCAAAGUGGUGAGCAUGGAUCUCCACAAGAAAGGAGUCUUCAGUAUUCCUUGUAAUGAAAUAGCCACACCACCAUCAGAAUUCAAGGGUGAUACAAACAUUGUCUCUUUUUGGGAAUCCGUAACGAUGGAGAUGAUUGGCCGGGGAUUUCUUUCAAGUGGCAGGAAAAACCCCUUUGUAGUUCGUCCCAGUUAUGAUUCCUGGGCUCCUUGGAUUGGACCUAAUACCCGGAAUUCAGACAUUGUUCUAAACACUGAGCAUGCAAAACUACAAAAAACAAAGUCCUGGGAUGUUCCAGAUCUUGACGUCACAGAGGAAAGGUUAGGUGAUGAGCUCUUUAAUCUUAAGGUUUAUGCAGUGAGGAAGCUGUGCAAAGAAUGUGGAUUGGACACAAAGGGAUCAAGGAUGGAUCUUGUGUUACGUUUGCGGACGGAGAUGCAAAACCGCUCAGCGUACGACAAAAUCUUCCAGCAGAUUUGGGGUGCCUCUGAUUCCACGAAUUCAAUACAAAAGACCCAAGAGAUGCUCUUAGGAGAGUCCAGACCCCAGCCGGGGUUCAUUGAUGGACUUGACAGCCCUACGAAAUGUGCAGCCAAACAGGGCAUGCUGGAUGCAUCCACAAAGCAGUGA